GCAGCACCUCCUUGUCCUGUUCUCCAAGUGAAGUCCACGCGGAUGUCACUCGCUUUCCAUCCAUUCUGUCAGCCUCCAACCAGCACCGUCACGUCGUCCCCUCUCUCCCGACUAUUCUUUACCUUCUUCGGGGACGAAAAGAACAUCUCACUCACACUUUAACUCAUGGCUGUGGUGAGAUUUUACGGCGGUGAGGUGAAGGAGCGGAGCCUUCAGCAGGCGGUCAAGCUCUACCCCCAGCUGUCCAUCUCCACGGAGCUUUGCUACAACGUGGAGCUGACGGGAAGCGACAGUUUGAGUGCAGAACACAAGGAGGUCCUCAUCUGGUUGUUCCAACCGCCGCUACAGGCACAAACGCUCAGUGAGACGCCCAAACUAAAAGAGGGUGACGGGGCUACUCUGGUGGAGAUCGGACCUAGGCUGAACUUCUCCACUGCGUGGUCCACCAAUGCCGUCUCCAUCUGCCAGAGCGCCGGCCUUGCCAACGUCACACGGAUAGAAUUGUCACGGAGGUUCCUUAUCAAGCCAAAGGACGAUGGGGACACGACCAACUUCCAGAAAGACGUGAAGAAUCUGAUCGUCCUCCUGCAUGACAGCAUGACGGAAUGCGUCUAUGAGCGUCCCGUCGCUUCCUUCGCCGUGGACGCUCAAGCGCAGCCCGUGUAUGAGGUGGACGUCCUGAGCGGUGGGCGAGCGGCGCUGGAGAAAGCCAAUGACCAGCUGGGACUGGCCUUUGACUCCUGGGAUCUGGACUUGUACACGGCAAUGUUCCAGAAGAUCAAGCGGAACCCGACCAGCGUGGAGUGUUUCGACCUGGCCCAGUCCAACAGCGAGCACAGCCGCCACUGGUUCUUCCGAGGCCGCUUGUUCAUCAACUGGCAGGAACAGGAGGAGACGCUCUUCCGUCUCAUCAUGGACACGCAAAAGCACAGCAACGGCAACAAUGUCAUCAAGUUCUGCGACAACAGCAGUGGUAUCAAAGGCAUGGAGCUGGAGUGCUUCUACCCCAAAGAUACUUCGCGAGCCAGUCCCUAUGAAACACGCCGGUCCCUUCGACAUGUCAUCUUCACUGCUGAGACGCACAACUUCCCAACCGGCGUGGCUCCAUUUAGCGGCGCCACCACGGGCACCGGGGGCCGCAUACGAGACGUCCAGAGCGCCGGGCAGGGAGGCCACGUCAUCGCCGGCACCGCCGGAUACUGCUUUGGCAACUUGCACAUACCAGGUUACUCGCUUCCCUGGGAGCAAGAUGGCGACGGAUGGGAGUACCCCACCAGCUUCGCCCCGCCGUUACAGGUGGCCAUCGAGGCCAGCAAUGGCGCCUCGGACUACGGGAACAAGUUUGGCGAGCCGGUUCUGUCAGGAUUCGCCCGAUCCUUUGGCAUGCGGGUGCCCAGUGGGGAACGGCGAGAGUGGAUUAAGCCCAUCAUGUUCAGCGGAGGACUCGGUUCCAUUGAGGAUGCACAUGUCAAGAAAGAGCAGCCAGAGAAAGGUAUGGAAGUGGUGAAGAUUGGGGGCCCGGUGUAUCGAAUCGGCGUGGGAGGAGGAGCGGCUUCAUCUGUUCAAGUGCAAGGCGACAACUCCAGCGAUAGAGACUUGGGCGCCGUGCAGCGAGGAGACGCCGAGAUGGAACAGAAGAUGAAUCGAGCGCUGAGGGCCUGCCUGGAACGAGGCGGCGGCGGCGCCAACCCCAUCUGCAGCAUUCAUGACCAGGGAGCGGGAGGAAACGGAAAUGUUCUAAAGGAACUGAGCGAGCCUGCUGGUGCUGUCAUCUACUGCAGCCGAUUCCAGAAAGGCGACCCGACACUGAGUGUGCUGGAGUUGUGGGGAGCUGAGUAUCAGGAGAGCAACGCCCUGCUGCUACGCCCGUCAGACCGCGCCUUCUUGGAGAGGGUGUGCCAACGUGAGAAAUGCCCUGUGGACUUUGUGGGGAACAUCACCGGCGAUGGCAAGAUUGUGUUGGUGGACGACGAGGGCGCAGUCGGUAACGGGCGCCAUCCUGUGGACCUGCAGCUGGAAUGGGUGCUAGGCAAGAUGCCCCAGAAGACGUUCAGGAUGGAGCGCUUGAACCCCGUGCUUCGGCCGCUGCACCUUCCCGCUGGGCUGACGGUCAGAGACGCCCUGGAGCGAGUUCUACGCUUGCCCGCUGUGGCCUCCAAACGCUACCUGACCAAUAAGGUGGACAGGUCCGUGACGGGUUUGGUGGCCCAGCAACAGUGCGUGGGCCCCCUUCACACGCCGCUGGCAGAUGUGGCCGUGGUGGCUCUGUCGCCGCUGGGCCUGCAGGGGGCGGCGACGGCCAUUGGCGAGCAGCCCAUCAAAGCGCUGGUGAGCGCGGCGGCGGGAGCUCGCAUGGCGGUUGGCGAAGCGCUCACCAACUUGAUGUUUGCCCAAGUCACUGCGCUAAAGGAUGUGAAAUGCAGCGGGAACUGGAUGUGGGCCGCCAAGCUGCCCGGCGAGGGGGCGCUCCUUUGGGAGUCGUGCCGAGCCAUGUGUAAGGUGAUGGGGGAGCUGGGCGUGGCCAUCGACGGCGGCAAGGACUCGCUGAGUAUGGCCGCGCGCGUUGGGAAGGAGACUGUCAAAGCUCCAGGAGCUCUGGUUAUCUCGGCCUAUGCCGUGUGUCCAGACAUUAGUGCCACUGUCACGCCUGAUCUUGAGGAUCCAGAUGGCAAAGGUGUGCUGCUGUGGGUUUCUCUCAGCCCGGGCCAGCACCGUCUGGGUGGUUCGGCUCUGGCUCAAUGCUACGCUCAGCUUGGAAAUUGUUCUCCUGAUAUGGACCAGCCACAACUCCUGGCUGCCUGCUUCAACAUCACUCAGUCGCUAAUCAGCGAUGGUCUGCUGAGCGCAGGACACGACAUCAGCGACGGAGGCCUCAUUUCCUGUGUACUGGAGAUGGCGUUUGCUGGAAACCGAGGCGUGGACGUGGAUGUGCCGUCGCAGGGAGCCCCAGGAGUCUUGGAGGUGCUCUUCAGCGAAGAACUGGGUCUUCUUCUGGAGGUGUCCGAGCCCGAUGAAGAAAGCGCGCGCUGCCGAUUCCUCGAUGCCGGCGUUGCGUGUCACCGCAUCGGCAGAACCAGCGGCUUCGGUCCCGAGGCCAUGGUGACGGUGCGCGUGGACGGACAACAAGUGCUGAGGGAACCCUUGCCUGUCUUCCGAGCAUUGUGGGAGGAGACCAGCUUCCGGCUGGAGCGCCUGCAGGCCGACGAGCUCUGCGUUCAACAGGAAGAGGAGGGGCUCGCCAGGAGGACACAGCCCAGUUUUAAAGUCACCUUUGAUCCGUCUGAGAUGCCUCUUUGCAAGCAGCUUGCGGCGCAGCCUCGUGUGGCCGUGGUGAGGGAGGAAGGCAGCAACGGCGAUCGAGAAAUGUCGGCUUCUCUCUACAUGGCGGGAUUUGAGGUGUGGGACGUGACCAUGCAGGACCUGUGCUCAGCCGCCAUCACACUGGAGCCAUUCAAGGCCGUCGUGUUUGUGGGAGGCUUCAGCUACGCAGACGUGCUGGGCUCGGCCAAAGGCUGGGCCGCCACCGUAGCCUACAACGCCGCCGCCAAAGCCCAGUUCGAACGCUUCCGGCAGAGGGCUGACACGCUGAGCCUGGGCAUUUGCAACGGCUGCCAGCUGCUCGCUCUGCUGGGCUGGGUGGGAGAGAGCCAAGAUGGCGCAGCGUCCGACGUGGUUCUGACCCACAACAAGUCGGGCAGAUUCGAGUCUCGCUUUGUCACUGUGGGGAUCCAGGCGUCACCGUCCGUGUGGCUUUCCGGCAUGGAAGGCUCGGCUCUGGGUGUUUGGGUGGCUCACGGAGAAGGUUUGAUGCAGUUCCGUAAUUCCCGGGUUCUUGAUGACAUCACCUCGGGUGGCCUGGCCCCAGUCCGUUACCUGGACGACGCCGGCCAACCCACCGAAGAGUAUCCCCUGAACCCUAACGGCUCGCCGCGAGGCGUGGCAGGCCUGAGCUCCGGGGACGGCAGGCACCUGGCUAUGAUGCCCCACCCGGAGCGAUGCACACUGGGCUGGCAGUGGCCGUGGGCGCCCCGCAGCUUCAGACCACAACUCGAAACAUCGCCAUGGUUGCGCAUGUUCCGUAAUGCCGCCGCCUGGUGUAGCCACAAAUGCUGAAUGCACCUUUGUUUUUUCCCCCCCAUUGUUACUGCUGUACUUUUUCCACCUUUAGAUUUUUUUUGCCUUUAAAAUAUUUGGUUUUCAAAAAAAGAUCAACAAUUGUCCAAGUGAAAUUUGACAAA